ACCCCAGACCGGACCACCAACCCCACCGGCCACCGCCAUGGCCGGCGGCGAGCAGCUCCUUGUCCAAGAGUCCGCUGUCCCAGUCAUCUCCAGCGGCGCCGAUACGUCAACCCCCACCGUUCGACUGGCCCACUUCCUCCACCCCCGCGCGGGCGCCGGCCAGCGCCCCCCUCUACCCCCUCCGCCCCGCAACGCUGGCCCUAUUCUCACCGACGGGCUCCAGGUCGAGUUCAAGGGCUGGGCGGAAGCUCCAAAUCUGUGGACGCGGUGGGUGGCCAAGCUCCGCCCGCGGUGCGAGCCCCUGUGGCGGAAGAUUGGGAUCCAGGACGCCAUCCUCGCGACCACCUGUCGGGUGCGGCGCGACGAGCGCGCGAUGCUCCAGCUCGCCGCCAUCUGGUCCGCCGAGACCAACACGUUCGUGUUCCCCUGGGGCGAGGCGACGGUGACGCUGGAGGACGUGGCCGUGCUCGGGGGGCUGCCCUUGCUCGGCAGGCCCGUGCGCGCGCCGCCGAAGGGCGCGCUCCGGGAGGACGUGGAGGCGCUCGAGGCCGUUCGCCGCGCGCUCUACCGGAGCGACAGCCAGAGACCGGACCACUCCGCGUGGGCGAUGCCGUUCCUCGAGCCCCCGGCGGGAGAGGGGCCCGCCGCGGGCGACGGCGGCGCCACCGGGUUACUGGAGCACGGCGCGUUCCUGGCCAUGUGGCUGUCGCUCUUCGUGCUGCCGGCGCCGCCGUUCGACGUGGUCCGGGCGGAGGUGCUCCCCGUGGCCGCCCGGCUGGCGCGCGGCGGGUGCGUGGCGCUCGGACCCGCCGCUCUCGCCAGCAUCUACAGCGACCUCUCGGCGCUGAACCGCUACAUCAAUUCGGGCAAGAGAUACCAGCCGUUCGUGGGGUGGGCGCCGCUGCACAUCCUGCAGCUCUGGGUCUUGGCCAGGUUCCCGGAGCUUCGCCCUGAAAUGGCGACCACUCUCGACCCCGUCGCUCGUCACCAGCCUUGGGCCGCCCGGUGGCAUCAAGUCCACAAGGUAACUGACCCCAUAAAUCUCCACAGAGUGCUCAUGUUGCCAAUGGAGUUUGAGUGGAGGCCCUAUGGAAGCUUCAGCUUUGCUCCGUCUCCCAAGAAGAGCUGCUCUUGGGUUCAUGGCCGGGACAUGGCAAGAAGCCUACAACUGCUAUCGUUUGCGCAGUGUCUGCGUGCUUGCGAGCUUGUAGGCAUGCGCUGCAUUGAGCAGUACAAUCCUCAUCGUGUUGCAAGGCAGCUUGGCUUCGAUCAGGACGUGCCUGGAUCUGUUGCCCGUGUUAACUCGGACUGGAAGAUUGCUUGGGGAACAUACUUCAUGGAGCCUAGCAAUUUCGCCUUCAUCGUUCCACAGUAUACUCUGGCUGUGACGUUUGAGUACACACGAUGGUGGAGGCCAUACGCUUCUGGGUGUGAUACUGCCAUUGAUAACAAUGUAAAUUCGAAGGAAUUCCCUGUUUUGGUUGGCCCAAGGGACAAAAACAUGGAGGUGCUUCAUGAUGAUAAUUCGGGCAAGAAGCAGCAUGUGCUCCCAGGGAUGUCUCGGCCAGAUACUUUCGAGGUAUUUUUUUCGAGAUUAAAUACUGUCGAGGUUCCACAGACUGAUAUUCCUCCUGUUGAAAAACUUAAUGGCCUGGACACCAUUCAGGGUACCCUGGAACAUCUUGCGGAAGUUGCCGAGUCAGCACAAAUUGCGGAUGAUUCGACCCUGAGAUGUGUAAGAAAGGGCACACAAACUAAAAAUGUGAAACAAGCUUCACCUGAUGUCUUCGCUAAACAGAAUAGCAGCUCAGAACAUGGUGAAGUAGCUCCCCGUCACCUUGUCAAGCGAGCAGUAAGCACAACCAACAGAAAAGCUAUUGGGGCAACUGUGGGUCAUGUGCAGCCAAGUCUUGAAGACAUCGUGGUGAUGCUUGAUGAAGAGUUUGACGAAUCAGUGGGCAAGGAACAUGAGGUGGGUGCAACUGUAGGUCAUGUGCAGCCAAGUCUUGAAGACAUCGUUUUGAUCAGUGAUGAAGAGUUUGACGAAUCAGUGGGCAAGGAACGUGAGGUGGGUGCAAUGCCGAGGGAAGGUAAUGAAAAAGCUAAUGAAGAUGCAUCAGCAUCAAACCAACAAUCAGAUACCCUUAUGGAAGAUUGCUUAGUGGUCAACAGGAAGGGCUCAGGAAACAAUAAGACGUAUUCUAGCAAUCCAGUGGAUGCAAAUCCUGAAUUGGUCAAGAGGGUUUCAACUAAAACACUUUACUACCUUAGACCAAUUGGGCCGGUGAAAGAUGCUCAGGAAAGAGAUGCAACUGGAACGAAUGCGGAUCAAGGAGCUUACCUACCAAGGCGUGAAGUUGGGACGAGGGAAAUGAUUGAGGAGGCUUCUGCUGCUCGAGAAGCUGAAAUGGUUGUGUUGCAAAAAGUAAUUGAUUCUCUGAAGGAAGAGAUUGCAGCAGCGCAGGCCCUUGGGGCCUUGAGGGAUGGAAGCCCCUCAAAAACCUGAGGCGUGACUUUACUCGGUACAGUCUGUCCAUGUGGUGAAACCGACAUUUACGCGUCCGGGGAGAGAGGGAGGGAGGGAGGAUGGAUGAGUGCUCCAAGGCUGGCAAAGGAGGGACAUGACUAUCUACGAGGCAACGCUUGCAGACAUUAAGCAUCGGUCGGCACCUCUUGAUGGGUGCGGCCAUCUCAGUACGUUUAGCGCUGCCCACAUGGCGUAGUGAAGUUCAUACAAUUCAUCUGGUUGUGUCUCAGAACCGAAUAUACUCGCAUCCUACUGAUACAAAGCUGGUUUUCUUCCUGCAGCGACGGAAGGACCAAUGACCUGAUCCAGAGGUUGGAAUUAGGGGGUGGACAAAGGAGAGUUAAUUCUGAGCGAAAUUAGCAGUAGUGGUAGAUGAUAAUGUUAUCUGUAGUUCUGUGAUCUGCUUGAUGGCUUUAAUGAAAACCUGGCCCUGUUUGGCUGUCUGCCUUUUGUGCAUGAGAAAACAAGAGCUUUGUGCUGAGAAUGAGACUGUCGACGGAUAUAAGGACAGCUUAUGCCUAAAAAGUUAAAACUGCAAGUUAAUAAGCUAGGUGCAUAUAUGUUUUUGAUUAUGAUACUAUGAUUGCUUGGACCAGCUUACGAAUGAUUUACCUGAACGUUCUGUUGUAUUUGUGAAAUUCUCCCUUAGUC